CUGACCGUGAACCACUUUUCAGGAACAGUUUGGUAAAUUCUUUGUAUUUUUUGUGUUUGAGACACUAAAAUGAUGCACAUGUUUUCAUUAUCAAUUUUAACCAGUUGAUUCAAACUGACAUUUAUUGAGCUCUUGAAUUAUUCUAGAUCUGUUGUUGGAGCCAAAUGACUCGCAUCGUGUCUUCCUUUAAAAAUGCACAUUUGGCUUUAACUGAAAACUACAGAAAAUGGCAGCCAAUGACUCUUCAGUGUACGUAAACGAUGACUUCAUUAUAGUUCAGUUUUUCAUAUCACUUUUCCUUUGCAUCAACUUUUUGCUGAUCACAGUCUUUUUCAUGAAGGAUUUCUUCUACACAACCAUGCGCUACAUCUUCUUUGCACUGACUCUCAUGUCUGAUUGUGUUUUUUUAAUGCUGAGUGAUGUUCUGCUCAUUUUAACGUACUUUGAAUUCACCAUACCAACGUUGUUGUGCCUUAUGGUGUAUGUGGCUGCAUCUUUAUGGUCUUUUGUCACUCCGCUGACUUUGACAGCGAUGACACUGGAGCGCUUUGUGGCCAUUUGCAUGCCACUGCGACACGGAGAGCUGUGCUCCACACGCAGCGCUCUGCACUGCAUCCUCAUCAUUCAUGCCAUCAGCGCUCUGCCCGAUGUGGUUUUUCUCUCCAUCUUCUUUGCGUAUGUGAACCGCAGCUACUACACCCAGAGCGCUCUGUGCUCUAUAGAUAACUUUGUCCUCCUUAACUGGCAGAGUCAUCUAAGGGCUGCAAUAACUCAGUUUUACUUCCUGGUCAUGGUUAUCAUUAUCAUGUUAUCGUACUUUAAAAUAAUGAAGGUGGCCAGAGCUGCAUCAGGACAGAACAGGAAGUCGACAUGGAAAGGCCUCAGAACUGUGGUUCUUCACGGCUUUCAGCUGCUCCUCUGUCUUUUCCAGCUGUGGUGUCCUUUCAUUGAAGCUGCUGUGCUUCAGAUUAACCUGGAGCUCUACAGUGUUGUCAGGUACUUUAACUACAUGGUGUUCAUUCUUUCUCCGAGGUGUUUGAGUCCUCUCAUUUAUGGCCUCAGGGAUGAAAAGUUUUUUGUUGCUCUGAGAAGCUUUGUUCUUUGUGGUUUAUAUAAGAAACAAUUGUCAAAUUAAUUGUGACUGACCUGUAGAAAACUACAGAAAAUAACACGUCUGCCUCUUUUUAGUUCUGUAAAACACGCUGAGUUACCGCUGUGAAUGAAUAUGUGCUGUACAAAUUCAUGUGAAUUGUCUUGCCUUCAUAGAAACAUCUAAUUAUAAGUCAUAUGGCAAGUGUCCAAAGACACUGACACUUUCUUUAAAUCAAUGAAAAUGUAAUCCUUGCAUAUUUAUGAACAAUAUUUCAACCUCAGCUGCAGGACCUUUCUCUUUUCAUUGUUUGUGAUCACUUUUUAUUCAUCACUGUUGUGAAAAUUGUGUGAUUUAAUGAACAUUAAGACUUCUGAUAAAUUCAUAAAAGUUAU